AUGAGGAAUACAUUUGGACCUGGAGUCGCUAUGAAGACAAAUGAAUUUAUUUCUUUCAUCAUCUUCUGGGUCAUCUCGUGUCCAUUCCUUCUCCUUCGACCAGAACAAUAUCGGCUCUCCUCAAUCCUAUCUUCAGUCAUUGUCAUUAUUGCUGCAUUGGUAAUCUUCAUAUGGGCAGUCAUAAAACAGGGCAACGGUGGCCCCCUCAUUAGCAACCCCGAAACUGUGUAUGGGAUUGGGGAGCUGAAGGGGGCGGCGUUAGGUUGGGCCAUGACCCGUAUGAUCACCAGUGGGAUCGGCGGUUGGGCUGGAGGGGUCAAUUUUUCUCGUUAUGCGGCAAAACCUGGUGAUCAGCUAUAUGGGCAAAUCUUCAUCAUUCCUGUGUGUUUGUUGGGAACUAACGUGCUCGGGAUCGUGACCACAUCUUGUGCACGAGGAUUCUAUCCUGACGAACCUCUCCUCUGGAAACUGUAUGAUCUAUUGCAAGCAAUUCAGGAACAUGGCGGUUCGGGAGCUCGUGCAGCCGUGUUCUUCGCCGCCUUUGCUUUCUUUGUGUCCCAGCUAUCUGUCAACGUCACUGCGUGCGGUAUUGUCGGAGGCAUAGAUCUUGCUGUGCUCCUCCCUCGAUACAUCGAUAUUAAACGGGGCGCUUUUAUUGUCGCGAUUAUUGGGAUAUGCAUUAAUCCGUGGAAGAUUCUCAACAGCGCAAACUCGUUCAUCUCCGUGAUCUCGGGAUAUGCUGUCUUCCUUGGCCCACUUUCGGGAAUAAUGAUUGCGGAUUACCACCUGCUACGUCAACGGCGGUUAAAGCUGUCUCACCUCUUCAUCCCGAACUCAUCUAGUGACUACUGGUUUUGGCACGGCCUCAACUGGCGUGCACCGGUGGCGUGGCUGCUUGGCGUUUGGCCCAGUAUGCCCGGGUUCUGCGCGUCUAUCAACCCGGACUCGAUCCACGUUGGUAUCACAUGGGUACAUGUGUACUAUAUGUCCUGGCCGUUAGGAUUUAGCAUAAGCGCUGCGACGUGGCUAAUUCUGAAUAAGCUGUGGCCGCCACCGGGAAUUGGCGAUGUGGAUGAGAAAGAUGUAUUUGGUACGUUUGGACAUGCAGAGCCCUCUGUUUCGAGUUUGGACAAGUACAUAGAGAAGGAUGGGGUGGAGUGAGAGGGCAUGUAACUGAUUGAUCACAUUUGUUAGUUUCUUUUUCGAACUGUGUGCUAUGUAUGUCGUGCCUCGAUGUCGGGCGAGACUUGCCUCCAGAUAUGGUCCUGCAUCCUUGUUCGAUCAUCAGUUGUGGUGUUAUGUGUUCUAUCGCACCCUUUGGAUAUCUCCUGAUUCUCGCGAUAUCAGUCGUUCAGGUAUGAUGUGAGGGUCUAGGGGAUUGACUCUAUAGCUAAGUACUUCUGGGAAUAUCACCAGGGAUAAAGACCGGCUUCGUUUCUCUGCGACGAUCUGACACCAAAAUCAGCAGAGGUCUCACUGGCUGUCACUUAAACCCUGCCACCACCUCUUAGUCUAAUUGUCAUCUCUAUUGGUAGUA